GCCCGGGCUGGGCUGGCGACCGCCGGGCCACGCUGCAGCGCUGGCGGAGGACUGACCAGGCUGCCCGACGGAAGGACGCGCUGGGCAUACCUGCAGGGCGACCUCGCCACCAGGCACGCGGACGGAUCCUACUCGUUCCACGGCCGCUCGGACGAGGUACUCAAUGUGAGCGGCCUGCUCUACGGCACAGAGCACAUAGAGGGCGCCAUCCUCCGCGACAGGCUGCUCGACCCGCUCUCUAGGGUGGGCGACUGUGCCGUGGUCGGCUUCCCGGACUACGUCGCCGGCGAGGUGCCCCUGGUCUUCCUGACGCCCAGCAGCCCCGCUGAUCCGCCGGGCGCCCCAGACUUCCUGCGCCUGUACCGUCUUGUGGAGGAGCCCUUCGGGCCCGCUCCGGCUGGCACGGACUCCGUCGGGCGCCUCCCGCUGAAGUUCGUCGUCGUCUCGCAGCUGCCCCGCACGAGCAACGGCAAGCUCGCCCGCCGCCCUCUGCAGGUGGAGUUCGCCCGCUGGCUGCGGGAGGCGCGGGCCACGCUGAGCGGCGAGGGGGCGGUGCUGAUCUGGCGCGCUCGGUGGGGCGCCUGGGCUCUGCCGGAUGUGCGGCCGUCGCAGGAGCUGCUGCUGCAGCUGCGCAGCGACGACAGGUGGGUCACCACGUACAACGUUUACGACCUGGUGGAUAAGUUUAUCAAGCCAGCCACCGCGGGCACGGGCACAGGAUACGCGCUCAUGAUAAACAGGGACCAGCCGAAGGAGGUCAACCUGAUGGUCUCGCACGCGUGGUCCGAGAACGCCGAGGUCGGGGACGCGUCUGGGCCCACGGUCGAGGAGCAGCUGGGCGACGGGCCCUCUGACAGCCCCUUCUUCCGAGUGCUGAAGCACAUCAACGACCGGGGCCGCCGCCUGGGCCCACUCCGGUGGCCGCUCCGGCUUGUCUGCACCUGCCCGCCGCUGCUCCUGGGAGCCGGGCUCAUCGCGCUCUACCUGACGACGCUGUGGCACGGCUGCGUCCCCCUCGCCGACGCCUGCGCCACCAGGGUGAUGUUGGACGACUCGGGCGAGGCGCGCAUGUUCUCGUGGGAGUGGCAGUGGGUCGACCUUCCGGACGACACGUCGGGCAGCUCUCGAGCUGGGCUUCUGCUCCUCGCGGCCGCCCUCGCCUGCCAGUGCCUCAAGAGGCUGACGUACAGCGGCCACAUGGUGGUCGUGCCGAACAGGGAGUGCGACAUCUACACUCGGCUCUGGUGCGUCUACGCGACCUGCGGCAAGCCAGUUCAGCCAGGGGACCCCCCUAAUGCAGACACCGUCCGCAUCACUAAGAAGAUCCUCGACGCCGGCGGCGACAAGGAGUACGACCGCAUCGAUCGGGCCGUCUUCUUGACGACCCGCGCCAUGUAUUUCAGUGCGGCUUUUUGGGUCCUGUGGUUCACGGCGCUCGUGGGCACCUUCUGCACCGCUGAGUGGCACCUGCGAGUCCCCCAGAUCGGGGCCGGGGCGGCCGGGGCGGUAGUGGGGAACCUGCUCGCGUGCGCCGUCUGCGGCUGUACCGUGGUAUCUCGCACAUUGUUCGCGUGCACUAGAGCACAGGGGCGCCUCGCUCCGAUGGCUGUCGCGAUGGCCGUGCUUCCCUUGUUCUUAGGUGCCUGCACGCUCACCUUCGCGAGUUUCGUUGCCAGGGUGGCCUUGAUGGACGAGGAGAAGAUUCGUGAUAGUUUCGGCUACACGCUCUUCGCCUCGUUCUGUGGGAACGGUGCCAGCUACCUCAUGGCUGGCUGCGCGAUUGGUUUCAUGGGCAUUGCGGCUGCUACGGUGGUACAUUUGCUCCCCAACGCCCUCGUCGGCUUCGCGAUGCGGCGGCCCGCGGCGUUUUGCUUGCUGAUGUCCACGCCGCUGGUGUUGCUGCACGCCAUGAUGUUUAGGACUCGGAUGUCGCAGCUUCGUGACCUCUACGCGGCGCUCGUGUUCCACACGGCGGGCGUCAUCGGCUAUUUCCUUAUCUCGGUCGGCCUUUCGUGGUGGAUCCUUGUGCACGAGUGGGGCGUGAGGGCUAACCUCAGUCCAUAA